UGCAGCUAUCGGUCUGCAGAUCAUUUCUCAGAGCAAAAAAACGAUGGCGUCCGGAGGUGAUGAACUGAACAUCAUCUUUGUUCCCUACUUGUCCCCAGGACACAUGAUACCCAUGAUAGACGUUGCAAGACUAUUCGCCGCUCAUGGCGUUAUCGCCACCAUAAUCACCACCCCAUCCAACUCCCUCCUCUUCCAAAACUCCAUUGAUCAUGACAUAAAUUCCGGCCACAAGAUAAGCAUCCAUCAAAUUCAAUUCCCUCAUGCCGAAGUCGGUCUCCCUGUUGGGAUCGAAAACUUCAGCACCCUCACUUCACCGGACAUGGCCCCCAAACUUUUCUAUGCCGUUUCUAUGCUCCAACAAUCGAUCGAGCAGGUAAUUUUGGACCGGAAACCUGACUGCAUCGUCUCUGACAUGUUCUUCCCGUGGACAUUACAAGUAGCCAGACAACUCGGUAUUCCAAGAUUCGUAUUCCAUGGUUCAAGCUACUUUGCUCAGUGUGCAGAGCAUAGCGUCGAGCAGCAUAAGCCUUACUUAAAUGUGGAGUCGGACAUGGAGACUUUCUUGCUACCAGAGUUGCCGCAUAAGAUAGAGAUGAUGAAGCUUCAAUUAAUGGAUUUCAUGACACCCGCAGACGAAUUUUCAAAGUUCAUGAACCUUAUUAAAGAAACUGACAAGAAAAGCUAUGGCACCAUCACAAAUAGCUUCUACGAGCUUGAGCAUGAUUAUGAGGAAUACUACAAGAGAGUCAUGGGCAUGAAAUCCUGGAGCAUGGGACCCGUUUCGCGUGUUGUGAACAGAGAUGCAUCGAAGAAGGCACAGAGAGGUAACAAGUCCGCCGUUGGAGAACAAGAUUGUAUAACUUGGCUAAAUUUCAAAGAACACAAUUCAGUAUUGUAUAUUUGUUUUGGGAGCUUGACGAAGCUCUCUGGUGCCCAACUUCUUGAAAUAGCGGCAGGUUUGGAAGCGUCUGGCCACCAAUUCAUGUGGGUCAUUCGAAAGAGAGAGAAUGAUGAAGAUCCAUGGCUGCCAGAGGGUUUUGAAGAGAGGAUGAGAGAGAGCAAGAAAGGAUUUAUUAUAAAGGGGUGGGCUCCUCAACUCCUAAUCUUGGACCACCCUGCGAUUGGAGGAAUGGUUACACACUGUGGGUGGAACUCUAUUCUUGAAGGGUUGAACGCGGGUUUGCCUUUGAUCACAUGGCCGUUAUUUGCAGAGCAGUUUUAUAAUGAAAAGUUGGUAACUAAGGUGCUAAGGAUUGGUGUUUCAGUAGGAGUGACAGAAUGGACUACCUCGUAUGAUGGGCAGAAAGGGCUGGUGAGGAGAGAGGAGGUGGAGAAAGCAGUGGCUUUGAUGAUGGGUGGCGGAAGAGAAGCGAUGGAGAUAAGGAAACAAGCGAAGGAGCUCGGUGCUGCAGCGAAGAAGGCUGUGGAGAAUGGUGGCUCAUCUGAGGCCAAUUUGAUUGCUUUGAUCAAUGAACUUAAAACAGUGAAACAAGGAGCCACAGCCCGAGAUAAGUUCAAUGGAGAAUAAAAAUUGCUCCCAUUUAUUAAUAAUUAGUUGUUGACCACUCGAAUAAUUUUAAACUUUAACUUAAGAGUAAUGUUACAUGAAUUUAAAAAAUAGACUUAAAGACUAGAUUUGAUAAUCUUAACCAUUGAUUUCACUGUG